ACAAAAUCUGUGACUAGAAUAAAUAAAAAAUGUUUCUUUUUUAUUUUAUUUAGAAUUCUGUGUCUAUGACCUGUGUGUUUGUAAAUUAAAUUUUUUCAUGAAAAUUGAUUGAAUGAAAUGAAGAUAUGGAAGUAAAAAAUCAAUAUAUUACCGCUGUAACUGUGAACUCAUUUUGGCAAUCUAUUAACGUUUUAAUUAAUAAAUCUCACAUAGUGAAUAAAAGGUGUUGGGGUUCUACAGUUCUAGCCAAACAAAACUUGAAAAUUUUACCAUGCAACAUAGAGGCUAUAUUGGAUUUUGUGAAAUUAAAGAAUGGUGUAAAUGCAAGGUCAACUUUUGUGCAUCUCCUUACAGAUUAUUUGACAGUGCAAUCGACAAAAGAUGAUGAAAAUAAAGCUGAAGUUGAAAUCAUAUUAGUGGAACUAUUUCCAAAGAACUACGGAGAAAGUCAUGCUUAUCAAAUGAUUUGUUUACAAAAGACUGAGCUAAAAGUGAAAUUUAUCGAUGUAACACCCAGGGAAGACAAACAAAACUUAUGUCCUACAUUUUCUUAUAGCUUUUCAUUGAUAAAUAAUGAAAUAGUUUUGAAAACACCAGCCGAUGCUUCUGAAAAAGUCAAUCAAUGGCUCAAAAAUACAGUUCUGCCUCAAGUUGUGAAAUGGAGUAAAGAGAUUGUGCCUAAUAAAGCCCAUAAAUUUUGCAAUAAAUCACUAGCCCUAGUAUCAUUAGACAAAUACUAUGAAAAGUACAACCAGUUGAAAUUAAAAUAUGGCAAGGAGAUGGUUAAGAUAUGGCCUGAAUGCACAGACCCAACAAAGUUUGUUUAUGAGGAUGUAGCUAUUGCAACAUAUUUACUCCUUCUAUGGGAGGAACAAAUGACUUCGCAGACAUUUGUUGAUGUGGGUUGUGGCAAUGGUUUACUUGUUUACAUCUUGACAAUGGAGGGACAUGAUGGAUUAGGUGUUGAUGUAAGAAAAAGAAAAAUAUGGGAUUUGUAUCCAGACAAUAUUAAACUAAAGGAAAUGACAGUAACUCCCACAAAUAUUCAUACCAUUUCACACGGGACCUGGAUCAUAGGCAACCAUUCAGAUGAGCUCACACCUUGGAUACCGGUGAUAGCUGCAAGAAGUUCAUAUAAAUGUAACUUCUUUUUACUGCCAUGUUGUGCUUACAAUUUUGAUGGUACUAAAUAUCAGAGGCAGAAUUCUUCGAAAAGUCAAUAUACUGAAUACUUGGAAUAUAUCCAAACUGUAUGCCAAGAGUUUGGAUUUGAAACCAAAAUGGAUAGACUCAAAAUUCCUAGUACAAAAAGGAUAUGUCUUAUUGGCAGACAGAGACUAUAUGAAGAAGAUGAAUAUGAUAAAUAUUUAGAUGUUGUACAUGAGAUUGUGAAUGAGCAAAUAGGAUUAAGCUUGAAUGGUGUUACUAAUAAUGAGUUAAAUGAUUUCAAAACUAGAGACCCUGUUGAAAAAGUAAGAAACUGUACACAGGUAGAUAAAGGUGUGUGUUCUCAAAUAAUUAUGUGUAUUACAAAUUAUUUGCUGGAAGGGUGCCCUUUAGAGGCAGAUUGGUACUGUGGCAAGAAGAUACAAAUAAAUGACCUUGUGGACUUAAUACCGUCUAAUUUAUUAAAAGCAUUAAAAUCAGAAUGUGGUGGCUUACAAACUCUUCUAAGAAAUAAUCAUCACAUUUUUGAAGUUCAAAAGGGAUGUGUGCAAUUUAGGUUUCCCAGAACAAUAGAGGAGGUGAAAAAAAAUAUGAUCAAUAAAAAACAGGGAAAUGAUGUAAAAAUGCAAGUGAAGAUAUGUUGGUUCUAUAAUAACCACCCACAAAAGUGCCCGUUGGAUAGAUCUGUGUGUAGUUUUCUACAUGAAAAACUUUAAUUUAUUUAAUAUGUUAAUAAAAAAGAUUGUUACCUACUUUUUUUUUAACCUAUCUUUAUACUAUAGGUACUUUAGUUGAUAAGAGUAAUCCUUUUAGGGUUCUGUAUUAUUAUUUUUGAUAAUGUAAUGUUAGAGCCUCUUA